CAUUUUCCUCCAGAAGCCUCAAAGCCCCAAAAAGGAACGCCACUCCACAGCCAUUUUGCUAGGGAGUUAGCUUCGCUAGUAGCAAUUACGGCUAGUCGUAUUUUCAAUCUCGGGAAAAACAACUAUUUGGUGAUUUUGUGUUUAUCAAUUUUUUCUCUUGGAUAUUUUCGGUUCAAUUUCGUGGAAAAAGUUAUAGUUACGAGAUAAUUCGCUGAUUUGUGAUAAUCAUGGAUGAAAUGGAGAAGGAGGGUAUGACGGUGGAAAUAAUUGAUGGUAAUCAGACCAUACUUGCUGAUGGUAUAUUUUCAAUACCGCCGAAACUCACACCAACUGGUAAAAUAAGUCACGCUAAAACACGUGUGUAUACGCAAAGAUACAGAAAAGAGUGGGAACAAAUGCCGGAUUUCAAAGGAUGGUUGACAUCAGUGGCCUCACAACCGACCCGUGCCUUCUGCAUCUACUGCAAAAAGAACCUCCACGCCCACCGUCUCUCCCUCUUGAAGCACACAUGCACAAUGAAGCAUCAGCGAGCAGCCCUCCUGGCCCAGACAGAGAACGCAAAAAAAGGCACUCACUCAGACGACCCAGAUAACGGAGAAAACCCAGAUAAUCCAGAUAAAGUCUCUGAAACCGAGUCAGGCUUCGAGGAAGUAACAGUAGUGGGUUCUCUCAAAAGUCUGGCCAACGAGGAUGACGAUGAGAACGAGGAGUUCGAGUACGUAGUUGAGAGUCUAGAAGUCGAAGAAGAAGAGGAAGAGGAGGAAACGAACGAUCAGAACGAUGUGCAGGCGAGUCAAGAGGAGGAAGCAGACAACUCGAGCGUGAAGAUGACGUCUGGUGACGAGGAGCCAUCGCCCAAGAAAAUCAAGCUGGAGCAUUACCCCAGGAGAGAUGCCCUCGCAGAGGCGAUGGCCCACGUACAUCAGGACUACCUCGAGCAGAAUGAAGAACACGAAACAGUGGGACUGGACAUGGAGGUCGAGAGUGAAACGACUAUUCUCCCUGAUAAGAACGACGAAGGCGGUGGCAGUGAUGACGAGAGACAGGAAAAAAUGAAGAUAAAACGUGUUCAUCAACAUGCUGAGGAGACUUCAGCUGCACAGACCACUCAGCAGCCGCAAAUUCUCGCUUAUAAAAUCAACAGUUCAGAUCUCGCUGGGAUAAACUUGCAAGCAGGCAACACAGUCACCAUUUCCACUAGCAAUAACAAAACAGUGACACUGAAUGCUGCUAAGGCCGUCACUCUUAAUGCCUCUAAACUUCCUGGUGGGGGGGCGCAAUUCGUUCUGAGCAAGGUCAAGGGAAAUCUGCCAGCUCUGGUGAUGGCAGGAUCCAAGACUGUUAAUCACAGACCACUGGCUCCCAAGAGUGGGACUAAGAGAGCUGCUGCUCCUAAUUCAGGUGGGACGGGGGCUAGCACUAGUGUGCAGAGCGGUCAGGAGGUUCAGAAGCAGGAGGCGCAGAAGCAGGUUGAUGUCGUGAAGAAUCCUUGCAUUUCAACGCAUGUUUUGGAUACGAGCAAGGGGACUCCUGUUACUGGACUCCAAGUCAGCUUGUACAAGCUCAUGGAUGGAAGAUGGACGUUCUUGAAUGAGAGUACCACCAGUGGAAGUGGACGUUGCACAGACCUCGUAAACACAGGGAAAACUGCAUUCACUGCUGGUCGUUACAAAAUGCACUUCGAUGUCGACAAAUACUUCACUCUCAGGAGAAUCGAGACGCUGUACCCAUUCAUCGAAAUUGUUUUCGAUGUGAAGAAUCCCACUGGAAAUUACCACAUACCGGUUCUAUUAAGUCCAUUCGGGUACACCACGUACAGGGGCACUGACAGAUGAUGUGGAUGCCUUGGUGAAUUGACUUUACCUUUUCAACUUAUGUUCAUUAAAUCCCAAUUUCAGAUUUUCGGAAUAUAUGAUGGGCUGCUAUGCCCAGUGGCCUUUCGAAUUUUCUAACGAUAUCAGAUUAGAAUUAAGUUCGUUCGCAACAUUUUCGUUGGAUAAGAGUUAUUUUUGUAAGGUUGAGCCCAACGGAGCGGAGAGUGCUUCAAUAUUUUCUUCAGUAUCGUUUGUACAAAGUUCUUCAUUUAAUUGUAUUUGGAGCUAAGGUUUUAUGAA